AAUUCUGCAAGUGGUUCUAAUUUACUAUCGCUGUUCUCUAGCUGGUCUAAAACCGCUUUUGACCUAAAAGGAUGCUUUUUGGACGCCAUGGACGUUUCUCAGUUUCCAGGCAGAAAGAACAGUAAAAAUGCAGGCAGGGCACAGGACAAAGCACUAGGGACAAAAUGUAUGUGAAAUGGUUUGAUACAUGAAUUCAGUGAAUAUCACUUUUUGUCAUUUUCAAAUUUCCCGCCGUUCCGUCCCCCGUACGUCCCGACGCUCACAGGAGACGGAACCCAGAUGCCGGCAUCCGGCGGAUGACACUGCAGGAGGGACAUCGCGGGAG